AUGAUAAAAUCGAUUAUUUUAUUCCUCGCAGCAUUUUAUCCACAAAUGACAGCAUUAAGAAUAAACGAUUAUCCAUGGACUUAUGAUAACGACCUUUUUGGAGGACCCGACUUUUGGGGUCUAUUGAGUAAGAAGUGGAAAAUGUGUGCAAAAGGUAAAAUGCAAUCACCGAUAAACAUCAAACCGGCAUCAAUUUUAUUCGAUCCGUUAUUAAAUGAUAUUAAAAUUGAUGAAAUAUCGACAACAGCUGAAAUGAUGAACAUAGGUCAAAUGCCACGAUUGCGAGUACUUUAUAAUACUCAUUCUUCUGCUGUAAACAUUACCGGUGGACCGUUGCAUCCUUACAAGUAUCGUUUACAAAGGAUCGAUUUUCAUUAUUCAAAUGAUGAUAUGACAGGUUCAGAGCAUGCUAUCAAUUCGAGAAAUUUCCCGAUGGAGAUUCAACUAAUAACGUAUAACACUGAUUUAUAUAAUAAUUUUACAACAGCUUUAACAUUACCACGUGGAAUCGCCGCUGUUUCAAUUAUCGUUUUGAUUGAUAAGCACACCAAUGAAGAGCUAUUGAAAAUCACUCAAUCUAUUGAGAAAGUUUCUUUCAGAAAGAAACGAAUUACAUUGCAUAAAUUGAAAAUAUGGAAAUUAUUUCCAACUUUAAUUGAUUAUGUGACAUAUGAAGGAUCGAUGACAUCACCUGGUUGUUAUGAAACGGUCACUUGGGUUAUACUUAAUCAUCCAAUUCAUAUCACUCAAACAAAUUUAAACAAAUGGCGAAAACUACAGCGAACCAUUGUGGAAGAGAAAGAGCCUCAAUAUGUGGCACCCAAUUUUAGGCCACUACAACAUUCUUAUGGACGAUUAAUUCGAACUAAUAUUAUUAGCAGAAAUGCCAGUAUGGAAUGUAAGCAUCAUAUUCCGGUUUCACGAUAUCGCUCAAAUUUAGGACGAACUUGA